AUGCUUAGUUGGUGUGAUCCACAUGCUUUUAGCUCCGGCACUGAAGGGUUGAAGUUUUCUUGUUCUGUGGCAAAAAGAAGUUCCUUGAGUACCGCUUUGCAAUCAUUUCUGUCUAUAUCAGCUGAACUGAAGCAAGUGGCGGCGAGGUCCACGAAUCUGUUGGUGGACAAAACGCAAAGUAGCACUCAACAAAAUGGAAGCACGAGAGAGGGAGGAAUCAGAGCCUGCAAGAAUCUGGGAAGAAGCGAUGCCAUCGAAGUCAGCAUGAACCAAAAUCCGCAAAAGCUCCCGAUGGGCGGCGUCAGGGACGACCGAUAUAUACCCUAUAAGCUCGCUCCUGACCUUGAAGGGGGACAGAAGGUGCUGGACAUGCUCUGCGGCGCUGGAUUCGAUGCUAGGGCGGCUCCAACCUUUGACUGGAUCCAUGACACUUUCCUAGUUAUCAUUCGCAUGUUCCCUCGUUGCGUUCCGAUUCCGACUACGCUCGUUUCUAUGAAUGGUCGCUAUGAUCCGCAUUUCCAUGUCAAAUUAGGAGCCGCCUUACGGCCACUACGGUAUGAGAAUACCCUCAUUAUUGGUAGUGGAGGCUCCGUCCACAAUCUAUACCGAAAUCACUGGGAGCAUAUGUUCCGCUUUAACGAUAAUUUCGCCCAGCCGGUUCCCCCAGACCCUUGGGCCUUGCAGUUCCGUCAGGCUGUGGAAGACUCCAUCACGUGCAACACUGGGCCUGCACUUCGCCGGGCAUUGUCUCGAUUAAUGAAGCAUCCGCGAUAUCGGGAUGCCCAUGGCACUGACGAUCACUGGAUGGCCUCCUUGUUCGUUGCUGGGGCCGCCGGAGGGGUCGACGAUACGGGGCCGAACACAAUGAUGGGAGAAUGCUGGGAAUUGGUCAAUAUGUGUAAUACCCAGUGCCAACUGGGGUCAUGGGAUUAG